UCCAGGACAGGUUCACAGGUCACUAAAACUGCUCCACCUUAAUCCUAAGCAUAUUUUGCCAAUGCCGGCCGCAGAAAAAGAAAAAAAAAAGAACGAAAAAUUGUUGUCUUUUGUUGCCAUACAAGACAGAGAAAGUAGAUAGAGAUAGAGAGGGUGGAUCGGCGGAGGUGUUGAAGGCAUUUAGGAAUGUUUGGUCAAUGAGAUAUCUCUUGGGCUCCGGAAAUUCCCUAACUGUAACCCUAACCUACCAUGGAAGCUGUUUCAUGCGAGUUCUCAUAGAGCUCAAUCAGCUGAUGGUGCUGUGGUACUAUGUUUGUAGGUGGGUCCCCUGAUCAAGAGUCUAUAGGAUCUGGAACAAGAAGGUCAAGUGUAUCUGGCAGUAGGUCUAGAAAUUGCAAGGAGUUUCUUCGUAAAUUUGUGGACAGUGAAGAGCUAACUGCAAACCUCGAAGACUGGUUUGAAUCAACAUCCUCCAAGAAGCCAGCUUUUGAUGUUCCUUUUGAGCUGAUAGACCUGCAAAAAUUUGAUUAUGCAUUGGAAGGGAUUUCAUUUCAACAGCUGAUUAGGAUGCCAAAUGCUGUCUAUGCUUCAACAUCUGAGGCUGUGGAAGCAACUGCUUAUUUUGCUGUUGAAGAUUUUUUGCAUGCCAGCGUGAAGGGCUUGUGGGAAGCAUUUUGGGGUCAGGAGGAGCCCAUGCCUUUCACCGUUGCUUGUCUGUACAAUGAAAACCUGAAAUUUUAUCAAGCCGAGAAGUCAAUUGCUAAUGGAAAGCUUGGAGGUCUUUGUGGUACUGGUAUAUUGCUGAGGAAUCCAAGACAUCCUCAUGGAAAGUGGGAUCAUAUUCUUGAAUUGGCUCUUCUUAGGCCUGGUAUUGGAAACAUUCCUACAGACAAUGAUGGGCAGCCCUUGCUUGCUGUCUUAGGUGAGGCUCUUUUCUAUGCUAUCCGAGUGUUAUUAUCAAGAAGCUCGAGUAGAUUGAAUUUCUCUCAGACUUCAAACUCAGUUUAUAUUAUUCUUGUUGAUUCUCAAUAUGGUGGGGUUGUCAAGGUUGAAGGGGAUCUGAAUAAGUUGGAGUUCAAUCUCAAUAAUGUUUAUGAAUGUGCUGCAGAAUGGGUUAAAAAGCAUUUUAGAAUAGCAGUGUCUCCAAUUGAUAGGAUCUGGAACAAGCUAGGAAAUGCCAAUUGGGGAGAUAUUGGUGCUUUACAGGUACUUUUUGCUACCUUCCACUCCAUUAUUCAAUUUGCUGGACUUCCCAAUCACUCAGUUGAGGAUUUAGCUGCUGAUCAUGGUUCUCGCCUGCAAACAAGAAGGGCUGAGAGGCAGUUGGGUGAUACCAAGGUGAAUGGAAAUGGUCUUUUUAGGUUCCAGCAGCGCAGUAUUUCACCAGAAAUUGUUGAAGUCCAGGAUGAAUCUGUCAAAAUUGAGUCGGAAGAAUUGAUGAAGUUAGAGGUGGGAUCUGUAUUAUGGUUGGAGGACUCAAAUUGGCAAAAGGGUUACCAGAUCAACGAAGUUUAUAAUACAGGAGAACAUCCAUAUUAUGUUGCCUCACCUGUGGAAGAACCGGGAAAAAAUCGUUUUCUAUAUGUUGGUUCACAUCCUUCUAAACUGGAACCAGCAUGGGAAGGUAUGGAUUUGUGGUAUCAAGUUCAGAGGCAGACUAAAAUAUUGACUGUCAUGAAACAGAAAGGUUUAUCUAGCAAGUAUCUACCUGACUUGAGUGCAUCCGGCAGGAUUAUCCAUCCUGGUCAGUGUCAGAGAUCUAGCUCUGGUGGAAACUGUGAACACCCUUGGUGUGGCACACCAAUUCUAGUUACCAGUCCAGUUGGUGAAACAGUGGACAAUAUGAUAAGUGGAGGUCAGUUUGGUAGUGAUGAGGCUAUCAGGUGUUGCCAUGACUGCCUAUCUGCACUUUCAACUGCUGCUUCUGCAGGAAUUCGGCAUGGAGACAUCAGACCUCAGAAUGUGAUUUGUGUGAGAACUGGAGCGAGGCAUCCUUAUUUUGUCCUUAUUGGUUGGGGACAUGCUGUUUUAGAGGAAAGGGACCGUCCUGCAAUGAACCUCCACUUCUCCUCAACUUUUGCUCUGCAGGAGGGAAAACUUUGUUCUGCUUCAGAUGCAGAGAGCCUUGUUUAUAUGCUAUAUUUUUGCUGUGGUGGUGAGUUACCUGACCUUGAUUCAGUUGAGGGGGCUUUGCAGUGGAGAGAGACUGUUUGGUCAAGGAGAUUGAUUCAGCAGAAAUUAGGUGAUGUCUCAACUGUGUUAAAAGCAUUUGCAGAUUAUGUAGACAGUCUAUGUGGCACACCAUAUCCAAUGGACUAUGCUAUAUGGUUGAAAAGGUUGAAGAGAAAUAUUCAAGAAGAAGACUAUGGAAAGGAAAUUGAUACAUCAGGCUAGAACUUUUGCCACCAUGUUGAGCAUUAUAAUUCAACUGUCUUGACUCUUGACCAUAUGGAUUUUUAACUUUCCCUCAUUGCCAUUGCCUUUGAUGUUGGUUUUUGCGGGAUGUUUUUCAUAACCAUGUGACUGUUUGACCCUUACCAUGCCAUGAUCUCGAGUCUGCUUUGAACCAAAUGUUGGUAAACACGACAGAACGUUUGGUCAGUGUUCAACGUAUAAGCUCAAGCAUCAUUUCAUCCAUGAUGGUUCGGUUUGUCUCAGCUGUUUUUAUUUUUUGGACAUCGAUUUUAGCUGCUUCAUGGUUUUGGGUAGUCAGUCCUGUUUCCGGAGAUUUUCUUCUGGUUACAAGAACUUCAAGGGGCUCGGGGUUCUGUGCAGUUAGUUCUGUUUCUGGGAUCAAAAGAUCAUUGCUAUCUGCACUCAUGACGAGUUUGUUAUUGAUAUUUCCUCUGUAAAGAUUUGAAUCAUUGAAGUUUCCCACUGUAAUUGUUAUGUAUGAAAAAGUAAACUUGCGUGGGCUACUGUAUCUUAAGGCAUCCAUCCUUUUCUGUAAAUGUGUGGGUUUCUAGAAGGUCCUUGGAAUCAACAUGUCAAAUUGUCAACCCA